GAAUUGAUGAUUGAUAUGUUGUAAGCAACCUGAUCUCUAUGAGGUGUCUUCAUCCAGCUCUGAAUAUAGCACAGCAUCAACACUGAUGCCUCACCUGGCGGUGGAAAGUGGAGAAAAGACUCGAUCUAAAAUAGAUGCACUACACCUGGAUAUGUCGUCGAAUCAUAUUGCCAAGCAGGAUCAUAGGACUGAGGAAAAAAGGGCUCUUUCCAGUGCAAACACAGAUCAUGUUGAGACAUUCUCAUCCUCUAAUGACCAAACAAACAUUAUAGUUGUUUCCACCUCAUCAAGAGCAGAGUUCAGUUCCCCGGCUCAAGUUACACCACUUUUCAGAUUCCUAGCAACAGGAAUUCCCAGCCCAAAAUUUCCCGAAAGUGAAAGGAACUUCCCACUUAAGACACUCGGAAUGGAGUCUCCGCCUACUGCACCAACUAAUCUUUCACAACCACCGCCUUGCAAAUGAGCCCUCAUCCAUAAUCUAUAACAAACAUCUGAUCUUCUCUUAUACCAAAAUCAUAUCGGUCUAUAGUCCACAUAUCUCAUCAUUUAUUCCCUUGAACAACAUGGCUCAUGUUGAGUUUUCAUCUCUUUUCUCUGUCCAAGCAUUGCAGCCUCCUUGGCCUAGAAUUUUACAAGGCCUUAAAUGAUCUGCAUGCCUAGGUCGCUUAG